CCGACAAAGUACAAAGUGCUGCAAGCAAAUAUGAGGAGGAGCUUAUUUCUCGCACAACCAGUUCGUUGCUGACGAAAGACGACCUGGGAUUGUAUUCAUCAGCGCACAUGAGUGCAAACAGGUUACAGCAACUCAAGAGCCAUAUUUUUCCUGAAAAUAAGAUCAGAGCAAUGGCGAGUCCUCUGACCACACACGUGCUGAACACUGCCAAGGGGGUUCCCGUGGCCAAUAUCGCCCUCAGCCUACAUCGACUGGACCACUCAACUGAAACCUGGCUGUUGAUUAACGCUGGGCACACAAAUACUGAUGGCCGUUUCCCUGGACUCAUCACAAAACAGGAAUUUCUGUGUGGUGUGUACAAAUUGCGAUUUGAAACCGCUCGGUAUUGGGAAAGUAUGGGUGAGCCCUCCUUUUACCCAUAUGCUGAGAUUGUCUUCACGAUAAGUGACCCGGACCAAAAGUACCACAUACCUCUGCUCUUGAGUCAGUAUUCGUAUAGUACGUACAGGGGGAGCUAGCGUCCAAGUGUCUUUCUCUUUCUUGGAAACAUUCAUCUCAUUUGACUGACGUGUUGCCUUGCCAUUCCGCACAAAUGUGCCAAACUUACUUGUAUUCAUUCCAAGAAUAGGGUGUCACAACCAGUAUUAGUCUUUUAAAUUAAAUUAUGAAUAUGUAGUGAUGCAUUUAGGUGUCAUAAUUUAAAUCCACUUCAUGUAUGUUUUAGAUUGUGAAUCAGAUUAUUAAACAUGGUACUGUA